UGCCGAGAUUCCGUUCAACGUUGACGUGGUUUCUAAGCGCCGCGCGUGACCCAUCCAUCGUAUCGACAAAAUCAAUCAACUUCAACACUUCCAUCCAGUUCCAAUCAGACUAAACUACCUGCCUUUACGGUUUGCUAUCUACGUGCAAAUCUAUAGGGAACUAACCGUCGGAACAUCCACGCGUCUUCUUCGGCAGGUUUGAAAAGGAGCGCAUCCCUCACCCGAGAGCGAGAAACUUAUCGCCGCGAGAGAGAGUUGCGGAAAAGGGUGUUGGAGAGAAAAGACGAACCCGCGCACUUGAUUGGACACUGCGGACACGGAGAGAGAAGUGAAAUAUAUUAAUUUUGAAAUAAAUUAUAAAAGCGAUCCGCGGAGGACGGACCGCUUCCAGACUGAGAGUGAGUGCAGUGCAAGGUCCAACAACUUCCUCCCAGAUCAUCGUUUGGCGAGGAUCAUCCAGGAAUCUAUCGUCUACGCGUAUAAAAACGAGACCAGUUCGAUCGCGGCCUCUAAGGAGAUCAGUCAACUAUCCCAGGCAGUGGUUGAAAUAGUCGAUCGACUGCUAAUGAGUUCAACGCGUCUACAUCCGCAUCCGUGAAAUCGAGUGAAAUUGGUGAAGAAAGUGAAAUUUGAUGGUCGUAGCAUACUGUGAUUGACAAGUUAGGAUUGUCGUCUUACGAAGGUUUGCAAGUGUUUCAGCGUUAGUUGCAUUGAAUCAAAGCAGGCGUCGACAGUUCGGCGAUUCACGAAUACUGCAGCAGAGUCGUACCUAGUAAACCACGGAGGCAGAAAAUGGUUCAAAUCGAGUUUGGCCACCAAGUAAUGACACCGCACCGCACCAAGUCGCCAAGUAACUAGUUAUUGUUGAAAGUGCGGCGUGCCUCCUCCUCGAAUAUAAGCGAAAAUCGCGAAACCAACCGUACACAAACGUGUGAAGCUCAAACGCGAAAUAUAUAAAAACCGUUCAAGUUGAUGCAUAAUUUUAAAGCCACGAGCUUCUGCGCGCGAGGGGCAAUAAAAGAGAAAUAGUUGGAUAAGUGAGUGAUUUUGCUUUAUUUCUUUGGCUGCAUUGCGACUUUAGUCCGAGCGUUUUAUAUCAUUUUAUUCGCUCUCUUUCAAACAAUUUAGAAACGAAUUUCGCGAACACCCACCACCAUUACAUAGCCCUCCCAUUGUCAACUCUCUGCGGGUGUCAUCAUCUUUCAAUCGAAAAUUCCCUCGCAGCUUUUUCUGCUUUGCCCAUAGACAGAUUAUGAAAAUUGAAUCUAUUUAAUAAUAUUACAUAAAAGUCUGACAAAAGAGGAGAAGAAACGCAAUAAAUUGACAACAAACAAAAAAAAAACACCGAAACAAAGAAGAUCAACACAGAGAAGAAAUUGCAACAAAACAGCAAAACAUAACAACCGAAAGAGAAAAGAAGAAAACGUGUGAACUAGUUGGAAAAGCGAAGAAAAAACCAGUAAACAGUGUAUCGGUGUGAGUACCAGUUGGAAAACACGACAUCAAGGAUCACGAAAACAAAAAAAAGAUUCCAGGUGGCAACCGGCAGCAGAAUUCCUGGAGUGCCAACGACGACAAGGUGUGUGACAGCUAGACGAAAUAGAAGAGCGAACUGCGAUGAGGAACUUGGACAAGCUGUGGUGGUGGCGGCCAAAUCCGACCCCACUGAACCGAAUAAGUCUCCCGAAAUGCAACUGCUCCCGUACCCUGCUGCUGGCCGGAUUAGUGCUCCUCUGCUUCUCGUCGCUGUCGGUGGUGCAAACAGGUCCAGUGACCAGGUCACGUCGAAUGCUGCGAGAGAUUCACGGUGAGAUCACGGAUACGAACGUUCAGAAUGUCACCAACUUUAUCGCUGACACAUGUCUCUACGAUGGAACGCAAGUGUCUCGGACGAGUAUCACAUGCGAAAAGAAGCACGGUUGUAGGGCGAUUCAAAAGACGGGCGAAUGCUGUCCCGACUAUCAGUGUGAAUGUCAACGGGAUGGAAAAGUUUACUCCAAUGGAGAGAAGGUGUUCGAUCCGGAAACGCCUUGCCGUGUGUGCUACUGCCAAGGAGGAGAGAUCUCUUGCAGUCAAGUAUCCUGCUAUAAACGACACGAUUGUGAACCGAAGUUCAUUCCUGGUAGAUGCUGUCCGGAAUACGACAACUGCCCUCCUCUAGAAAAUUCCAACACCGCGGAACCCACCUCGCCGAGCAGCGUGUCCAGCGAGCUGAAGGAAACCGAAAUCGAUGCUGAAGACCUGCUCGAUGCGGAGAACAAAAAGCUAUCGUCGAUAACAUCCAACGACGUUACAACAUCUGGUACAACUACGACAAGCAGCACAACGACAAGCACCACAACCGCCACCACCGAAGGUUCGACACCGGCCAAGUUGCAAAUCCCAGCCGCCAGCAACAACCCGCUAGGUAUCAAAAUCAAGGAAAUCACCAAACCGGAAGAGAUCCGACUGACCGAUUCCAGACCAAAAAUCACCACUACGACCAACAGCGCUAGCAGCAUCGAAGUUACAGCUCACCCUUCGACGGAAGUGUCUUCAUCUACGUCGGGACACAGCGAGGAAGCCAACAAUCUGGAACAUUUGGAUCUGAACGUGACCGAUGAUGGUGACGUUGGAAUGAAGAACGUUCGACACACAGAAGACGAGCUGACGGCGAAUGCUACGGUUGAGUUUGUAGACUCGAAUGAGAGUUCGACAGCUGGUCCGUCCGAUUCGUCGCCAUCAUCCUCUGAUGAAGUGGAAUCAUCAUCGGAGUCGAUCAGUUCGACUACAGCUAGGAUGACUGCUCCACCAACGAUGUCGACAACAACCGCCAUGCCCGAUGAUGUUUCCGACGAGGUGACCAAGAAGGACAAGCCACUACCAGCCGUUGUCCAGAUCGGAGAUAAGCUCGUAAUUGUGGAUCACAAUCAGCCGAAGCCGAUCACGGUCAUUCAGGUCGAAGAGGUAGCUGGAUUGCAACGGGGAGAUGACGACAUUUCAUACGACCAAGAAAUGUACACGGAUCGGGCUCCGGAGACUCCGAAACAGAUGAAGCUGGACAGUGGAGAAGGAGAGAUGUUGUCUACGCAGGCGGAUUCGAGUGUUGCGUUCGAGACGGUGUACCACGGAGGAUCGACUGAGAAUCUUGCUUCGGAAGAGGUUUUCGAGACGCAGCAUUACACUGAAGGACCCGAGACCAGUGCGGAAAGAAACGAAACUCAAGGCGAUCAGCUGUCUGCGAGUAGUGAGGAGUUCAUACAGUUACCGGCUUCGUCGGACAAGCCAGCAAGGUUGGAAGAAGAGCAUACGACGCUGAAUUCGUUGGCCACGAGUGUUGAGGAAGGCAGUACGACACUGGCAGAUCUGGCAAUAAACUCGGCUAGCUCAGAGGCUUCGGGAGAUGAAGUGUAUGAAACGCAUUUCUACACCGAAGGACCGGGAAGUUCAUCGGAAACCACAGAAGUUUCUGUAAAUGCGAUUGGCGAGUCGUCGGAAGCAGUGACUCCAAUGAAAGAGCUUCAAUCGGACGACAUGGCGACUCAGAGGAAGCCAUACAUCGAAGACGAUGAACAUGAUUUGAUUCAACCUGGUUUCCAACCCAUUCCGGAAGAUUUCAGUUUACCACUGAGGGAUCAGCCAGCGAUGGACGAUGAUAUGGAACCUUCCACAGCUUCUGCGAAGAGUGAACGCAAGGAAAAUGUCGGAACGCCGAAGAUUCUGUCGGAGGUCUUCGAAUACAAGCAUAAUGUGAGUAGUACAACAGAAACUUCGAACGAAACGGAGUCUGAGGCGACUAUCUCGCCAUCGUGGUUGAAAGACGAACCGAAGGCAAUGUUCCGGGCACCGGGUGAACCUCAUUUGAUUCCAGAAUGGGAGCGAAACAAUGUAACAGUCAGCAAUUCGUCAUCGGAAGAAGAAUUCAGUGGGGCCGGAGAGUUUCACGUAUUGAAAAUGAACUCCGAAGAGUACAUGGAUAGUUCUUCCGAGGGAAGUGGCGCGAGUUCGACAAGAAAGGAGCCAGAGGAAACGACUCUAGCGCCUUCAAAAAGUAUCCUACAGGAUAUUGACUCGUCGGAAAGCGGGUCCCUUUCGGAAUCGGACAGUGUGAGGCAUAACCCAAAAAAUGAUGCCGAAAGUGUCAAGUACGACGAAGAUGAGAACAGCACUGUUCAAGAGGCACUUCCCAAACAAGUGAAAUCUAGUGUCUGAGUUAAGGAUUGCGUUUAGAAUGGUAAUAGAAUUCAAUCAAAUUCAACAAGAAACUAGCUAAUCGAAUUUACUGAAUCAAGUAUUUAGCAGAUCUGCCGCGAUAUAAACAGGUGUUCUCGUCGAUCUGGAAAGUUCUAUUUCGGAUUCGACCGAGAAUCAGGUGCCAGUUGAUCAGAAGAUGCUGUUCUUCGACUCUUUCUCCUUGACUAUUCGAAUAAGGUUUAUUUAUUAUUCCUCCUGUUUCCAACCCCUCUAGGAAACAUAGUCUGCGUUCGAAGUGAAAGAUGGUUCUAAAACAAUACGCUUUAGACGGUUCAUUUUAGUGCCAUUAACCACAAACACAAACACACAAAAUCAGGAAAGGACACGCACAAACAGAUCAAGUCGGUAUAAUCCGCGUACAAAAUUACAGAAAUUUGGUUCAAUUUCCGGCGCUCAAGUCUUCGACGCAAACAGAAACUCAAGUGCAAUCGUUCAUUAAGGUUUUGUUCGGUUCGCACUGUAUUCCAAUCUCAUAGUUUGAUAGGAGCAUUGUGAACCAAUAGCCCUAAUUACGGAUCAUGUCUGGAGAGUUGUUCUCGGUGAAGCGACGAACCCCUGCAGGAACAAAUUGUACAAAAUGCGAAACAGGAAACAUAUCCAUGGCAAAAAGAAUCCCGAAAAAGUCGGAUUAUAACUGUAUCAGACGCAUCUUCCUACAUUCCUCCACACAUCUUACUUUAGUUAUUCAUAAAAUGGCUCAAACAUUGAUCGAAUCGAACUAAUAGUCGUUGUAGUAAGUUAUUUAUUACGUAAUGGUAGCAAAUUUUAGGCAAGGUUGAAAUUUGGAAAAACCACCCGAGAACAGUAAGCAAACGAAAAUUUCCUGCACAAAAGCAACAGAAAUCGAUCGUCAAAACACUCAAACAGAGAGAAGCAUGUGAUAGUUCUUACGUUACGUUGAAAAUAACUCAAGCCCCACUUCAAUCGAAACGGAUUUGACAUCCCUAACUAAACGACAUUUAUUUCUAGAGAUCUAAAAUCCGACGUCGGCGCAAUAGAGAGGCCGAUCAAGAAAUCUUAGCUUAAGUGUAAGACUGUUACUAGCAAUAGUUGAUGAUUAUUCGCAAUUACUGAAUGAAUUGAGGGAACAUGAUGAUUAUUUAUUGAUUAUUUAUAGUCGAUGAUGGCCGCGGAGGUCGUCUAGUUGAUUUCGAGUUCAUAUUCAUUUCAACUGUCAGUAAGAAAAGAAAAACGGCGUAGUUAGUCGCGGGCGAGUUCAAAAACUCGCUGCCCCUAGCAAAUAGUAGGCAUUUCUCAAUUUUUAUCAUUUUUAUACUAUUAUUACUGUAACCACUGUCAUCAGAACCAUUCCUUUCAUUUAAAAUGCGAUUAGCAAACCCAGAAUACCCCUCAAACUCCCGAGUAGAUCUAGCAAAUAAGCAUCGUUAGGAAAUUAAAUCCAAUUAUUUCUGAUGAAAGAGAGUCAUACUUUUAAUUUGCAUUAUUAUGUGUAAACUUUGUCAGUUGAUGAUGAGGAAGCCACCCGGUCGUCUUUCCCUGGAGAACUUUUUUACUCAGCACCAUAUUGGAACCAUUCAGUAUGUGCUGCCCAAGAGACAGGAAAUUAGUUCCGCAUGUAGAGGAAGAUGAACCGAUGGCAAGCAAUUAUAAGCCGUUACUAGGCGAAGCAGUCGAUCGAUUAAGAAAUGUAAAAUAAACUAAAUAAAAUUGAAAAACUUUCUA